CACGCCAUACAUACCGACGUAGCCAAACAUCGAGUGUCGGGCCAAUCGUCCAGCACAGAGAGUGCCAGAGCGGAUCGGACAAAGAUGUGUUAUUCCAGGACCUAAAACGAUCAAGCGAUCAUGGAAAUGUUGCGUCUUAGACAUUUCCACCAAGCGCACUCUCGACAGCCAAGUGGCAUAUGCAUGACUGCCCAGUGUGGUAGAACGCAAAACAGGACUAUGAUACUAUCCCUUGACCUGUAUACUCAGUCUGGAAAUCGACACUCUCGUACCAUUCUAAACUCCAACACUGUCGUAUCUCCACAUUUCGGCAUACUUCAAUGAUAGCAGACCUGACAACUAUAUGUCGCGUCGCUCAGGAGCAGAUUCUUCGUGUCGCG